CCACUGCGUCCCGCGCGGCGCGCUCAUCCCCGAGGGGCCCCUGCAACCUCUCCGCGCGAAGACGGCUCAGCCCUGCAGGGAAAGAAAAGUAACUUCGCUUUUCUCGGAAAAACCAGGAAGGAUUAGGCGGCUUGGAGAAGGCCGGAGCUUGCGGAGGGUGCAGAGAUUGUGGACGGAGACGCGUUCGGGCAGAGACUAUGUAAUCGCCGCGGCGUCUGUGUAGAGGACUUCGCUUCGGGAAGGGAAGAGGAGGGAUCCACUCGCUCCUUCGGCGGCGACUCGGCAGGCAGGCGGAGUUUCGCGGCGGCGACACCAGGGUUGCGCCAGCCGGCCGAGAGGUCGCUCCAUCCAGCCCGGCGGCCGCGAGAGCCCCAGAGUUGGAGCGCGGGAGCCAGCGGGGGCGAGGGCUAGCAAGAUCGAGCUCCGGGAGCCCCGGGAGCCCCGGAGGAGGCGAACCAGCCGAGCGCACCCCCGCCCGCCCCAGCGGCGCCGCGCCGGGCGGCGUCCAGGCGGCAUGGAGAAGGACAGCCUGAGUCGCGCGGACCAGCAGUAUGAGUGCGUGGCGGAGAUCGGGGAGGGCGCCUAUGGGAAGGUGUUCAAAGCCCGCGACCUGAAGAACGGAGGCCGGUUCGUGGCACUGAAGCGCGUGCGGGUGCAGACAGGCGAGGAGGGCAUGCCACUCUCCACCAUCCGCGAGGUGGCGGUGCUGAGGCACCUGGAGACCUUCGAGCACCCCAACGUGGUCAGGUUGUUUGAUGUGUGCACUGUGUCGCGAACAGACAGAGAAACCAAGCUAACACUAGUGUUUGAACAUGUUGAUCAAGACUUGACCACUUACCUGGAUAAAGUUCCGGAGCCUGGAGUGCCCACAGAAACCAUAAAGGAUAUGAUGUUUCAGCUUCUCCGAGGUCUGGACUUCCUUCAUUCUCAUCGAGUAGUGCAUCGUGAUCUAAAACCACAGAACAUUCUGGUGACCAGCAAUGGACAAAUAAAAUUAGCUGACUUUGGCCUUGCGCGCAUUUAUAGUUUUCAGAUGGCCCUUACCUCAGUGGUUGUCACACUGUGGUACCGAGCUCCAGAAGUCUUGCUCCAAUCCAGCUAUGCCACCCCCGUGGACCUCUGGAGUGUUGGCUGCAUAUUUGCAGAAAUGUUUCGUAGAAAGCCUCUUUUUCGUGGAAGUUCCGAUGUCGAUCAACUAGGAAAAAUCUUGGAUGUAAUUGGACUCCCAGGAGAAGAGGACUGGCCUAGAGACGUUGCCCUUCCCAGGCAGGCUUUUCAUUCCAAAUCUGCCCAGCCCAUUGAGAAGUUUGUAACAGAUAUCGACGAACUAGGCAAAGACCUGCUUCUGAAGUGCCUGACAUUUAACCCAGCCAAAAGAAUAUCUGCGUACAGCGCCCUGUCUCACCCAUACUUCCAAGACCUGGAGAGGUGCAAGGAGAACCUGGAUUCCCACCUGCCGCCCAGCCAGAACACCUCAGAGCUGAAUACAGCCUGAGGUCCCCAUGGCUGUCUUGAGCUGAUCAUCUAGAGAACACCCCUGGUGGCUGAUGGGUCCCAGAGCUGUCAAAGGUCACUGUCUGGAGGCCUUCCAGCCGCCAUCUUCGGGAUGGGUUCUGCUUCCUCAAGGAAACCGCCUAGUUUACUGUUUUGGAAUCAAUGCAAGAGUGAUUGCAGCUUUAUGUUCAUUCAUUUGUCUGUCUGUUCCAAGAACCUGGAAAAAUUCCAGAAGAAGAGAAGCUGCUGACCAAUUGUGCUGCCAUUUCAUUUUUCUAACCUUGAAUGCUGCCAGUGUGAAGUGGGUGAUCCAGGCACAGCUGAGUUAUGACAUAAUCUCUCUGCAGCUGCUGGGCCUGAUUUGGUACUUUUUUGAGUGUGUGUGUAUUUGUGUGUGAGAGAGAUUCUAUGAUCUCUUAAAGUGUUACUUUUUGUAAACAACAAGAAUAAUUGAAUUUUAAAGACUCAAGGUGACCGAUAAAUACCAGGCACUUGUUCACUGAAGGUGAUUCACCAGAAUGAUCUUCUCAAAUUAGAAAGUUGAGCCUAUGUCCUCAGCAUUUCUUUUCUGGCCACAAGGAGUACAUUUGUUAGCAGUUAAAGAUGACGUUUUAGACACACAACAAAAAGGAAGAAAAAAAAUUCUAAUAUCCUUUAAGAGACCUGUUUUUUAAAGCAUGCAUUCUAUUUACUCUUUUGAAAGCUGAAUUUACCUGUUGUAAGUCUAUCUUAACCUUCUAUAUAGUAUCAUGCUUUAUUGUUUCCUUUGGAAAAUAUAAGCUUUUUAUUACUUGCUAUAGAUUUAGGGAUUGUACCUCAAAUAGGUUAAAGAACUAGUGAAAACCCUUUAUUUUCUGGUUUGAAAUGUCAUGACUUCUUUUUUGGUUUUUGUUGUUACUUUGUUUUUGUUUUUAGGAAUUUGUCAAAAACUGUUUCCUGUUUGGAUUUGGAGAGUAGUUCUCUCUGACCAGACAGAAAUACCAUUUAAAUUUUCUGUACCUAUUACACUGUACUUUUCACCAUGCACUGCAUUAUUUGCAAAGUGUCCAUCAUACCUGUCUCCCAGCACCUCUAAUGUAUAUCGCUACCAUUACAUAACUCAUAACAGAUGCUGAAGCUGUUCCAUGCGCCACCUGCUUGCCUGCUUUCAAUGAACCUUUCAUAAAUAGGCAGCUUCAGAUUAUGGUUUAUGGCCUUGAUUCUGCCUUCCUGACAGGGCCCAUAUGUUCUCACUCUGGAUGCAUUCUUCCUACCUGGCAUCUGCUUGAGUUACCUAGGCCAUGAGUAGGAUUCUUGUUCCACUCUAUCACCAGCACACAGAUUGUUAUAAACUGUUACUUAGUGUUUUACAUUUUUGUAGAAUUUAUGCUUGGUGUAGUUUCUGAGAGAGUGUCUUUUACUCUUUUUUAGAGCUGGCUGUUUAUACUCUAAAAUAGUCUUUGUCUCCCUCCCCCAGGCCAUGCUUGUUUCCAGUGCCUUAUUCUCACUCCUGCUCUCUGCAGAACCAGCCUGACUGGGCAUUAUAAACAGCUCUCCUUUUUCUUGGAAUGCUUUCUCUUUCAUCCUUAGUAUCUCAUCCCAUCUCUGCCUUCUUUAUGGUUUAGUGCUGAGAGAGCUUGAGUAACCAGAAGACACAGAAAGUAUCUUUGGAGAAGUUCAGCUGCCCAUGCUUUCUGACUCUUUCAGUGCAUGCAACAAACAGCUAGAUCAUGAUUAGAGUUAGAAUUUUCAAGGACUGGCUAUUGCUUUGCUCGAUAGAAAGUGUUUCAUAUGAUACUUAUGCAUUAUCAAGCUCCCUGAAUUCUUCCAGCUUAAUAUUUUAUAUGACUAUCUUGAACAAGAAGAAAAUUUAGGAGGUGUUUCUUCUUAAAAGCCUUUUGGGGUGGAACUGUUCUUUUUAAAAAACAUACAUUGUUUAACAUUGUUCUAAUUCAGUAGCUUUAGGAAUGGGAAUUUUUUCUAAAGCAAGAUAAAAAAGAUGGGCUAAGAAUGUUUUACACUUCCUUCCUGUGACAGCAUUGAUGAUGUGUUGUCAGCACUAUAAAUGCUUGAGAUAUAAUGAAUCUAGAGCAUUCUGGGCAAGAUCUAUUCCAAGUCUUACCUGGAAAAUGAGUUCUGCCUUUCCUUUGAUCAAGGUUCAAAAGACAAAGACAUUUUUCCUGGAGCCUAGAAAUUUGAUUUUAAAAUUCACUGCACUGAUUCAUCAUGACCUUUUCUUGUUAGUAUCUAUGUGUUAGAGUGAACAUAACUUGACUCUUUGCUUUUGCAAAAGUUUUUUCAGUAGUUCUUGCAAGAAAAAUGCAGCUGUUCUGGACUGGAAAUUUUCAGCAUUUUUAGAAUUUUAAACAAGUUGGAGAGCUCAGUUUCUAUUUCUAGCAUCUGCUUUGGACUUAUUUAUAAGUGUUUGUGAAGAAAAAUUAAAACACAUUUUGACACUAGAUGCUUUGCCCAUCACCCUCUGAUGGCACAGAAUGAAAGGGCAUCUCAGCUUCACAAACUCAGCUUAAGUCUCUCCAGUUCUUCCCUCACUGUGGUGGUUGCACCCGAGUGAUGAUUCUCUUGUCCUAUGUCUUCACACCCAGGGUCACCACGUCUAAAACCCAGGUGCCCCGUGAACAGCUUUGCCAUUAGGGCACUUUGAAGCAUACAGUAGAAUAAAAAUCUAGUGAAUAUGGUUUAUUCUUCUGUGACAUGGCUUCAGACUUUGCCAAAAGCUAGGCAAUGGUUAACUGACAAGGUCAGACUGCCCCAGGGUUCUACUGAAGCAGCUUAUAGCAGGAAAAGUAUCAGAUUGGAAAUCACAUUUGAACAUUAUGUAUGUGCCUCAUAGCUUGUUUGGGGCUUGAUUCUGGUGGCCCAUGCCCUGUGGGCUAUUGUGUGGGGUAGAGUUAUAACCUCAGUAUAAAAAGAGAAAAAUGUGUCUGUUUAUCAUAAGCUAUCUCAUGGUCAAGGGUAAUGAUAACCUAAGCUUAAGAACAUAAUUCCUGAGAGCUUGUAAGAACUUAAUGGGUUGGAGCCUCCCACUUUGUCCUUCUUUGAAGAGGAUGGGAACUCACGAGCAAAGAGCCUAUCUGAAGGAAAGCUCCAGCCAUUUCAGCCCCCUGUAUUCUCACAGUUUUUCCCUCAGGAAGCACACACUAUGAAUAGCGGGUUUUUCAUUUAGCCCUGGGUGACUUACUAAAAAUAGUUUAAAAUUAUUCAACUAAGAGUAGAAUCUCAGCAGGUUAGUUUUCAGUACAAAUGAAAAUUUCAGAAUGCACAGGACAUUAAGAUCCCAAAGGAAAUGUGUUCCUUUUAAUAGAAAAAUAUAUAGUUUGAUUCUAGAAUAUGGUACUAUCCAUGUUGAAAAAAACCAAUAGUACCAAACAUUGUGAACUUUAAAUUAUGUAUUUAAAUUGAUUUUUAAAUAACUAUAGCUGCCUCUCUUUAAAGUGGUGCCUAUUAAAGUCAGUAAUGGCAAUUCUCAUUCCAUUGUGGAAAUUAAAUCAUGUAAACUUCCUGAUAUCAUAAACAUUAAAAUUCUUGUGUUCAAAGAAUUACUUUUCUUUUAAGUGAGAACUUGACUGUUUUUAUGAUAAGCUCAUGAGAGUGUCUUACAUUUUAUUCUCUGAAAACACACUUUCAUUGCAUAAUUGUGUCUAGGAACAUAUUGAGAGAAUUCAAAAGAAUGCAUGCUUAAUGUUUAAUGUUGUGACAUAAGAAUAAAGAUGUUGCAUGAUUUCUAAAUCUUUAAAAAUUACUUAUGAAACAGUGGACAGUGAAUAGAGGAAAUUCUGAAAAAACUGAACAUAUUCAAAGGGUAGUUUCAAAGUUUCAUAUAUUUUGAAGCACAUUUUUUAUCAUCAAAUAUAUUGUAAGAAUUGAUAUUAAAGCACCUGGCAACUAUGGACUUGACAUGUUCAAACACAAAUUUUAUGGAAAAGCUAUCCCAAGCACAAAUUAACAUAUACCUUCGGGUAUUCACUGUUAAAAAAAAUUUUUUUUAAGGCACGUAUUUCCUAUGCCAGUGGGACUUUUGAAAAAUUGUGAAACUUACCCAAACUCCUUUAUCAUGUGCAUUAAAUACAUUUGGGAAUGUAAUCGGGAAGGUAUUUUUUGCAUAUUCCUUCUCCAAAAAACUUUCUGAGCCCACCAAAGCCUGAAAGCAGUGUAUAUCCUGGGAUAAAUAGUAAUGGUAUCUCUUCAAGAACAUGAGAAAAUAGCAUUUUCAUUCCUUAUUGACUUCCUUUUAUAUCAAUGUAAUUUUAGUCCAAUUUUGAUAUAUACUUAUAUCUCAAGCAUUUCUAACUUGUUCUUUUUUAGAAAAUAAGCCAAACUAUUCCUUUGACCUUCUCUGUCUUCUGACCUUUGUAAAUAACAGCACUGUAGAAAUAGGAGGGAUCUGAAUUUUUAAUAUUUUUUCUCAAUUAUUAUUUCUCAAUUAUUUUUUUCUCAAAAUUUUUGUUUUUUUGUUCUGUUUUCUUUUUAAGUGAAGUACCAGUCAGCUUUUCAAAGUGUUUUUCAUUUAUUGGUAUUCUCGGGGAGGCAGUGUAGAUUAAUAAAUGGAUUUCCAUUAGAAUCUUUGUUUCCUUGAUCCUGGUGCUUUGGCCUUCAAGAAGAAAGAGCCACCUGAAAG